ACCCAUAAUGGCACCAUUACAUGUCAAGAAAACCUCCAGUGGUCAGAGGGCUACUGUGAAGGGGUGGUUUGCCGAGCAACUUUCACAGACGGGCGCAGGAGCAUCAAGCACGGAACAGUUCGCAGUUCUUACACUCAUUGGCUGCAAUUAUGGUCAUACUCUCAAGUACGUUGGAUCUGGAACUAUUCCGCUCGUGUUCCAUUUGGAGACAGUCUGACCUUUACAUGUUCAGCUGGCUAUUAUGUAACCAACUCAACAAGGCAGAUGAAGACACAAGAGACGGUGCAGUGCAGAGUUGACGGACGAUGGUCGAAACCAAUCCCAUCUUGUUCAGCUGUAGAAUGCCCUGUACCAUCUACAUCGCACUUCAAUGGAAACACAUCGCUGUUUCCACGCAAGGAGUACUACAGAUAUGCCUUUCGCAGUGGUGCCAUAAACUACGAAUGCAACCCCGGAUAUCACAUCGCUGGGCAAGAAAGCAAUGUCACAAUCAUGGGAGUGAAGUGCGAAACUAGUGGAGAAUGGUCACACAAAACAGGGGACAUUAGAUGCGAACCAAUAUCGUGUGGAAGGCCAAACAUUACCAAUGCUGUUGGGAUAGAAUAUACGAACAUCACUAUUGGAAGCAAUGCAACUGUGGAGUGCAUGUUCGGUUACUAUUGGUCACAGAGCACAUCUGAGAACACCCAGAAUGCCACCAUUACAUGUCAAGAAAACCUCCAGUGGUCAGAGGGCUACUGUGAAGACUAUAAUGAAUGUGCCAACAGCAAUCACACGUGUCAUCAGCAUGCAAACUGCACCAACACCAUAGGAUCAUUCAGCUGCACAUGCAACCCAGGAUAUGUUGGAAAUGGGCACACAAUCUGCAAUCCGAAACUGGAACUAUCAUCCGCAGAGUCCAUCAGCGCUGUCGUGAUCUUCGGAAAACCCGACUCAUCGAGCCCCUGGAAUGCUACGAAUAUCUACACAAAUAUCAACAGCAGUACCGUGAUCAGGGAGAAUGAGGAAGACGAGCCGUUUGCCUUGAUUGCAUAUCCAAAAGAGACUGCAGAGAGAAAGGUGCCAACGGUGCUCUUCCAGGAUGUAAACACGUCUGAAUCCAAAUGGGUGCGGGACGUCACAGAGACACCUCUGAACUUUGUCACAUUCCAACCUGAAAGAGAAAACGUCACCAUUCAUUUCAUCACACUGCCUUGGAAGACGUUAGAGACUGUUGAAGGUGAAGGCAUCGAGCACCGUGCUAACUAUCGUCCAUUCCAGCUGAACUGCUAUCGAAAGCCGCAUAUUUAUGCAAACUGCUCAUGGGAUGAAAGUGCACUGAACGCCAAUAACAGCUUCACCGCAUCGCUAAAUCAAGGCCGGCCAUACGAGUUCCAGCUCUUUCGCAUACACGGGAACAGCACUCUUGACAUUCUGACUGGACCCGAAAGCAACAGUUCCAACAGUGAUGAUGCACAACGGAGGCCACGAAACAAGAGAGAUAAUUCCGUCAUGGACGAUGUCAUUGCGGCGGAUGGUCACACACUGCCAGUUCCCCUGGUCGUUCCUUUGGCAGAAAUACAUUGCCCUGUUCCAGGGCAGACUGCUGGAUUAAUAGUGAUCAACCGUGGAACUACUGUUCUCCCCGGAAUAGUAGUAAAUGUAGAAUGUGAUGCUGGUUACUACAUUACCGGUCAAUCACAAUCUACCACACAGAAGCAUAUCACUUGUGGAAAUGGCGGUCAAUGGACACCAUCUGUGCCAUCUUGUUCACCAAUCAGAUGUCCCGCUCUACCUCCCAUAUACAACGUUGAAUCGGAUAACAUUACUAUAAGCAGCAACAUCGAUCACUCCUUCAAAGGCUCAACGCUGCAAAUCACAGUGGGUAGGUAUCUGGACAUCGUCAAUUUUCACUGCAAGAGUGAGCCUUUCCCUGAGGACUACGACCCAAGGACUGGCUUGUCGGUAGAGUGCGGGGAAAACGGCACAUGGUCAUCCCAGAAUUUGAGUUGCAUUGGAGGUAAGGAUGUGUAGCCCCCCC